GCGCGGCGGCGGCGGCUGCUGGUGGCCGUUUCCUGCUGGCCUGGCGGCGGCUGCACGGGGCGGGCGGGAGGAUGCGGCGCAGGUCUCGGCUGCUGCUCUGCUUCGCCUUCCUCUGGGUGCUGGGCAUCGCCUACUACAUGUACUCGGGGGGCAGCGCCGCGCUGGCCGGGGGCGGCAGGAAGGAGGACCCAAAUGACAUUGAUGCACUAAAAAAGAAAGACCCUCGCAGUAACAAUGGGGAAGACAAAGCACAAAAUGUGGAGACCCUACCUCCAGGAAAAGUUCGAUGGCAAGAUUUUGAUCAAGACAGUUAUGUUGGUGUCACUAUGGUCCGAUCUGGUCAAGACCCAUACGCUCGUAAUAAGUUCAAUCAAGUAGAAAGUGACAAACUGCAAAUGGACAGAAACAUACCUGAUACCAGGCAUGAUCAGUGUCAACGGAAACAAUGGCGGAUAGACCUGCCAUCCACUAGUGUAGUGAUCACCUUCCACAACGAGGCCAGAUCUGCUUUACUUCGAACUGUUGUCAGUGUGCUUAAAAAGAGCCCAUCACAUCUUAUCAAAGAAAUCAUACUGGUGGAUGACUACAGCAAUGAUCCUGAGGAUGGUGCUCUGUUGGGGAAAAUUGAGAAAGUGCGGGUCCUUCGAAAUGAUCGUCGAGAAGGCUUGAUGCGCUCCCGUGUCAGAGGGGCAGAUGCAGCACAGGCUAAAGUACUGACAUUCCUGGACAGUCACUGUGAAUGCAAUGAGCACUGGCUGGAACCUCUUCUGGAGAGAGUAGCUGAGGACAAGACCAGAGUUGUGUCUCCUAUAAUUGAUGUAAUUAAUAUGGACAACUUCCAGUACGUGGGGGCGUCAGCUGAUUUAAAAGGCGGCUUUGAUUGGAACUUGGUGUUCAAAUGGGAUUACAUGACACCAGAGCAAAGAAGAGCAAGACAAGGAAACCCAGUUGCUCCCAUAAAAACACCAAUGAUAGCUGGCGGGUUGUUCGUGAUGGACAAAUUCUAUUUCGAAGAGUUAGGAAAGUACGAUAUGAUGAUGGAUGUGUGGGGUGGAGAAAACUUAGAGAUUUCAUUCAGAGUGUGGCAAUGUGGAGGGAGCCUUGAAAUUAUCCCAUGCAGCAGAGUGGGUCAUGUAUUCCGCAAGCAACAUCCUUACACCUUCCCUGGUGGGAGUGGUACUGUGUUUGCAAGAAAUACGCGUAGGGCAGCAGAAGUGUGGAUGGAUGAGUACAAAAAUUUCUAUUACGCAGCAGUGCCUUCAGCCAGAAACGUACCUUACGGCAAUAUUCAAAGCCGAAUGGAAUUGAGAAAGAGACUUAGCUGCAAACCUUUCAAGUGGUAUCUUGAAAAUGUCUAUCCUGAGUUAAGGGUACCUGAUCAUCAAGAUAUAGCUUUUGGGGCUUUGCAGCAGGGUACCAAUUGCCUCGACACUUUGGGCCAUUUUGCAGAUGGUGUUGUUGGAGUUUAUGAAUGUCAUAAUGCUGGGGGAAACCAGGAAUGGGCCUUAACUAAGGACAAGUCAGUGAAACAUAUGGAUUUGUGCCUUACUGUUGUGGACCGAGCACCUAGUUCACUAAUAAAACUCCAGGGCUGCAGAGAAAAUGACAGUAGACAGAAAUGGGAGCAAAUUGAGAGCAACUCUAAACUGAGGCAUGUUGGCAGUAAUCUGUGUCUAGACAGCCGAAAUGCCAAAAAUGGAGGUCUUACCGUUGAGGUCUGCAAUCCUUCUCUGUCGCAACAGUGGAAAUUCACACUUAAUCUACAGCAGUAGAAGGGCUUACACACACAACGCAAUCCUGUUUCCUAGACAUUGGGCAAAGUUUUGAUUGCAUUACUGAUAUAUUUCUUAAACUUUCCACGGAACUUAUAUACCUCAGUAUUCCAUCUUCGUCUGAAAAUAGGAGAGAACAAAGCCGAACACAAGAGAACCAAGGGGACGUGGAACACUGCAAUUAUCUCACUGAACGUAGUGCAGCAAAGUUCCCUUCUGGUGUGAAGACUUACCAGUUCCUGUCUGACUUCAGUUUAGUACUUGCACAGCAGAUGAUUAACAUCCCUAGAAACAAUUGAUGUACAGUAGAAAAUGGAUCUUAACAUGCAGAAGGAGGGAAGGGAAUAGGGUGGGGGGAGGGAGAGUGGGGGAAUAUAAACUGCUAGGAGAAAUUGAAAUCUCCAUUUACAUAGAAAUCCUCAUUUGUGGUUUCCAGAAGCUGAAGUGUCAUUUUGAAGGUUUUUUCCAUGUGUAAUUGGUAUAUUUGAAUAUGAACUUUUCUAUGAUGGACUCUAAAUAUAUAUAUUAUAUAUAUAAUAUAUAUAUUUUAUCAGUUCCCAACUGUUUAUGAGUUUUCCUCAUCUUGUAAUUACCAACCAAGUGAUUAACAUACGUAAACCGGAAAGUGGAUUGGAAUGUUGAGAGAACAAAACUUUGUGAAGGUGUGUCUUGUUCAUGCUAACACUGGAUGCUUUUGCUUUUCAAACUGGACCUGCUUCUUAGCACUUCACCAUCUUUGGAGAUUGUGGAACGCAGGAGGAGGAAGCGGAAACAGCAGAACAAACUGAUGGAUCUGCACACAUCAUUGCUUGGAUUGUCUCUUCUGACUGGGAAUUCAGUACAUGUGCCCUGGGUAUCUGUAAACUUGUACUUGAUAUUUAUGUUGAACAUUUCUCUAGUACUUGGUCUUUAAAAUACUUUUUUCCUUUAUUAAAAAAAAUUUACAUAAGCAGUGCAGCUCUUUCACAGGUGCAGCCAUUGGGGUUCAGCACAGUUUGUUUUUUAGCAGGACCCUGAUCAGCGUAAUUUCUUUGUCUUAAUGAGUCAGGAUAAGACAGAAUAGUAGCAUCACUGUGUACAGAUAGCACAAGAUCAUCAUAAAUUUUAAUCUGCCAGGAUCAGCAGCUACAUGAUAUCUCAGAGUUGCACUUGUUUAAUUUAUAAACCUGCUAUGGGGUAUCCUACUUGAGGGUUUUUUUUAUUAUUAUUCCUUCAAACAGAAUUGUUGAAACUGAUCCAGGCUCUACUCUGGGUACCAGCAGAUGCCAAGUGGUGUUUUUAAC